AUGUUGGACGCCUCUGAUCUGAAAAUGUUCGACGCAUCUGAUCUGAAAAAUGGUGGUACUAAGUUAUACCAGAAAGUCAAUCAUCUUCACGAGCACGGAAUUGUGCACAGGAACCUAAAACCAGAACUUAUUUACUUUAAAGACAAAUCCCACACAAAACUAAUGGUUCAUAUAGGACUAUUCAACACAGCACCAGGGCAGUCAGAGAAUCUAACCCAGGCUUGUGGAACACCAGGGUAUGUAUCCCCUGAACUCCUCAACCAGAAGUACGGCAAAGAGACAGAUCUGUGGAGCCUUGGUGUGAUCACUUACACCAUGCUUUGUGGGUACCCUCCCUUUUACAGUGAGUCCAUUACCGGGUUGUUCAACGCCAUCAAACGGGGGAAAUACAAUUUUGAUACUUCCCAUCGGGAUGGUAUCUCGAGCUUGGCAAAGGAUUUUAUAAACAAGUUGCUGAGGAUCAAUCCAAAGAAACGGAUGUCAGGUGAACAAGCGUUAGAUCAUCCAUGGAUAAGGAAGUACACAGCUGAGGAUGAAUCAGAAGGAGAAACAACCAAAUCAUCCUGUUAA